GGAGGCGGGCGGGGCGCGGACGCUGGCUCUCGGCGGCAGCACUUUUGGUGGCGGUUCGGGACACGGUGCGGGAUGGAGACGGACGAGCAGGACUGCGUGGCCGCCUGGUGGGACAUGGUCCUACGGAACCUGAGAUCUAUUCCACACUGCUGUGCAACACUCAGAAGAAAAAUUGCAGCUCAGUACAACAGCUUUUGUAGUAAAUCACUAAAAGAACACAUUUUCCCUCCUCUGAUGGACAUGCUGAUUUUUUUUAAUUUUUUCAAAGCACCGUUUCUUGUGGAUUUAAAGGAUCCAGAGUUAAAGAUGCCUCACACGGUGAACUUCUAUAUCAAAGUUGAACCUGGAGUGAUUCUGGGAAUCUGGCACACAGUUCCCAGCUGCCGGGGGCAAGAUGCUAUGGGGCAGGACCGUUGCUGGUAUGAAGCAGCCCUUCACGAUGGCAACCCAAUUAUUGUUUAUCUUCAUGGCAGUGCAGAACACAGGGCAGCUUCUCACAGGCUUAAAUUAGUUAAGAUGCUGAGUGAUGGUGGCUUUCAUGUCUUGUCUGUUGACUACAGAGGGUUCGGGGACUCUACGGGUCAGCCCACAGAGGCGGGACUGACUGCAGACGCUGUGUGUGUCUAUGAGUGGACCAAGGCGAGAAGCGGUAACACGCCCGUGUGUCUCUGGGGCCACUCUCUGGGAACAGGAGUUGUAACAAAUGCUGCCAAAGUACUAGAAGAAAAAGGAUCCCCAGUUGAUGCUAUGAUCCUGGAAGCUCCAUUUACCAAUGUGUGGGACGCAAGUAUCAAUUAUCCCUUGUUAAAGAUUUACCGGAAACUUCCAGGAUUUUUACGCACACUUACAGACGCCCUGAAAAAAGACAAACUAGUCUUCCCUAAUGAUGAAAAUGUUAAAUUCCUGUCUUCUCCCCUUCUCAUCCUUCAUUGUGAGGAUGACCGUACAGUGCCUUUGGCGUUAGGAAAACAGCUCUAUGAAAUCGCAUACAAUGCAUACAGGAACAAAGAGAGGGUCAAGAUAGUGACGUUUCCUCCUGGCUUCCAACACAACUUGCUUUGCAGAUGCCCCACACUGUUAAAAACUGUGAGAGAUUUCCUGAGCCAGCAGUGGGCAUGAGGUCUGAGAGAAGUGGAAAUCUUCAGCGAAGCUUAGUCCAAACACCACAAUCAUUGUAGGGGGCUGUUUGGAUGAGUGGAAGUCCCUGGCAUUUCUACAAGUUACUUGCCACUACAAAGCACGGAUGCUGGGCGGUAUGGAACAUUCUCAUUUAGCUUAUCAUAGUCUACUUUGUGGAGUAUGUUGAAACUUCACUGUGGAGAAUGAGAACUUGGUAAAAAUUGGAUCCCAUCUAAAAAUGUGUAGUUACCAAACAUACUGGGAUAUUUGUGAAUCAGAUGGUCUUUGAUUUGGCCAUAAAAAGCAGUGUAAGAAAGGUGCUCCAAUGUCGUUAUAUAAUUUGUAUUUUAGUUUAAUUUAAAUGGCAUUAAAAAGUUCAAAGCAGUUUUCUCGCUUUCUGAAUAGCGUUGGGCAAAGUCCUAGCAUGCUACUCAAUUUGUUGUAAAAUAAUACAUUUUGACACUCAUGUAAUCCCUGGAAACGGACAUUUAUUUUUAGCCUUAAUACAGUCAUAUACUGUUCCCUCCCAAUUCCCAGAGAUACUUAACUAGAUUAGCUAACAAAACAAAAUCAAAGAAUGCUGCAGAAAUGCUCAAGUCCAAAAAGAAGCUAUUUUUUUCCAAGAGACACUUUAUA